CACCGCUAGAGGUAGCACAUGCAAACUGACGCGGUUACGCGUCGAGACUGUACGCGGUUGGCCCCGCCCUCAUCAUCGUUUGUGGGGAUUCAUCAAGAGGCGACGAAAAGUGGCUCCGAUUCCGUCACACCAAGGGUUUCCUCGUCGAGGAUCUUCGUUUGGGGAUCGCCACGAUCGGAAGCGAUAGGAUCGAUUAGGGUCGGCGCAAGGACGAGAGUUGCAUCCGAUUUCAGAUCUUCGAUAUUGGGGAUGUCGACGACGACGACGACGACGAGGCCUCCGAGCCCGGGCGGGGAAGGCAGCGUAGACCCGGCCCCGCUCCUCGGCGGCGCGGGCCGGUCCGGGCGAGGCCCCAGCCUCCGCAGUGCCGCUUGGUUCCUCCGCCGGGCGAGCGGCCGGCGGAUGAUGAGGGAGCCGUCGAUGAUGGUGCGGGAGACGGCGGCGGAGCAUCUGGAGGAGCGGCAGAACGACUGGGCCUAUUCUAAGCCCGUCGUGUUCCUCGACAUCCUGUGGAACCUGGCCUUCGUGGGGGUCGCUGUCGGCGUGCUGAUCUUGAGCCGUGAUGAGACGCCGUCGAUGCCUCUUCGAUUGUGGAUCGUGGGAUACGCGUUCCAGUGCCUGCUGCAUAUGGUCUGUGUGUGCAUCGAGUACCGGCGGAGGCACCCGACCGAGGCGGAUAUUCUGGACGUGGAAGAGGGCAGUAGUGGGAGGAGCUCGGGCUCGAAUUCACCGAGGGAGAUCGGAGAAUCUGCGGAUGAUGCGCAGCACCAAGACGAAGAUAGUAAUGGUGUUGUAAAGCAUUUGGAGUCUGCAAACACUAUGUUCUCAUUCAUAUGGUGGAUCAUUGGAUUUUACUGGGUAUCUGCUGGAGGUCAAGAAUUGACCCAUGAUGCACCCCAACUUUACUGGCUGUGCAUAGUCUUUCUGGCGUUUGAUGUGUUCUUUGUUGUUUUCUGUGUUGCUUUGGCUUGUGUGGUUGGUAUUGCUGUUUGCUGCUGUCUGCCAUGCAUCAUUGCCAUUUUAUAUGCUGUUGCAGACCAGCAGGAAGGAGCGUCCGAAGAAGAUAUACACCAACUUUCAAAGUACAAAUUUCAUAAGGUUGGAGAUCCUGAAAAACUUGAGAUAUCUGGACCUUUUGGUGGAAUCAUGAUAGAGUGUGGCAGUGAUCCACCCGUGGAGCACACUCUUUCAGCCGAGGAUGCUGAAUGCUGCAUUUGCCUGUCUCCGUAUGACGAUGGGGUGGAGCUGCGUGAACUGCCUUGUGGUCACCAUUUCCAUUGCAGCUGCAUAGAUAAAUGGCUGCGUAUAAAUGCUACAUGCCCACUCUGCAAGUUCAACAUAUUAAAAAGCAACCACCACGGAACGGAGGAGGUGUAGACCCUCUGUCCACCUAAAAGAUGUGAUUAUUAUGUGUAAAGAGAUGACGACGUGAGCGAACUUUUACUGCUUCUGCUGCUGCUGCUGCUGGUAGGCCUCCUCAUGGCCUAUUGUUAUUUGUGGCCUAUGUUGGUGGAUAAUCUUUUCGACAUAUGUAGCAUACAAAAAAAUUGUUGCGCAACAUCAAAAUGUUGUUCAUAAGCCUGAUGCUCCUGUUGGACUCGGGAAAUGUUGCUCUA